UUGAUGUUUCAGCCAUGGAGCCCAAAUCUUGUUCCAAACUCAAGUUAUCAAUCAUGAGAUUCUAUCAAUAUAAAAGGCUAAUAAAGGUAAGUGGUGUUGUUUUAGCUGUGGGUUUGUUAUUGGUCACAUUUAAACUUAGGGAAGGUCAUAGGGUGUCUAAAGGGUCUUAUUAUACUGUGGUUUUUGAUUGUGGUAGCACAGGAACGAGAGUCAAUGUGUAUGAAUAGGUAGCAAAAGAUGCAAAUAAGAUGCAAUUUCCCAAUUUGUUGCAUUCUUAUCCUGAUAAUUUAACCAGUAGUUCACUUCUAAAAACUUCUUGUAAGUAUCACUAAAUGCAAACUGAACCAGGUUUAGAUAAGUUUGUUGACAAUUCAUCUGGUGUGAGAGAAUCUUUGGUGCCAUUGAUUACUUGGGAAGUAAAGAUUGUACCUUGCCAAAGGCAUAAGGACACUCCUAUUUUUGUUUUAGCUACUGCUGGACUGAGAAGGUUAGUAAUUGAGGAAAGUAGGCAGGUCUUGGAGGAUGCUGAAACUAUUGUAAAGGAACAUUCUUCAUAUAAAAGGAGUUGGAUAAGAGUGUUGAGUGGGAAGGAAGAGGCUUACUAUGGUUGGGUUGCCCUGAAUUAUAAAAUGGAGAUCUCUAGGAAUCAGUCCAUGUCCCCAACCUUGGAACUUCUCGACUUAGGAGGUUCAUCUUUGUAAGUUGUGAUGGAAGUAGAAACUCCUAUGAAGGAAGACAAAGACACCCACUUAAUGAGGUCAAGAUUUGGAUCUAUUAAACAUCAUAUUUCAGCUUACUCGCUGCCUGCAUUUGGCUUGAAUGAAGCGUUUGAUAGAUCAGUUAUUUUGCUCAGUAAUACGGAAGUCCUCAGGGAAAGCCCUGGGGGUAUACUAGAGUUGAGGCACCCUUGUUUUAGCCCUGGUUUCAUGCAGAACUAUACCUGCUAUGGUUGUUUUGGGCUAAAUAUUAGUGACAGGGAAAAUAAUAAUGAGCUUCACAAAGUUGAAUAUCCUUCUUUAUAUCUGGUAGGAGUUCCAAACUGGGAGCAAUGCAAAACACUAGCAAGGGCUACUUCUCUCAAUUUAAGUCAUUUGGACUGGCCAUCAAUUGCUGGAGAAGACUAUAGGUCAAGCUUGUGUAUUGAUAGGGAUAAAUACAAUCUACUUUAUACUUUUUUUUACUUAUGCUCUUCAAGUGGUGGUUUACUUAAUUUGACAACUUUUGCCCACCCAUCUGCCCAUUUUCAUGCCUUAUUUGGUUUUUUUGCUAUUUAUGACAAGUUGAAUUUGAGUCCAAAAGCAAACCUUACAAGGGUUUAGGAGAAAGGUCAGCAUGUCUGCUCAAAAUCUUGGGCUGAUAAGAGCAGUGUUUCUAAAAAGCAAAAUUAUACUGCUCAUUAUUGUUUUCGAGUGCCUUACAUGGCAUCUUUAAUCGAAGAUUCUUUGUGUCUCAAUGAUAAAGAGAUUUUCUUUGGUCCUGCAGAUGUUUCUUGGACACUAAGAGCUGCCUUCGUCGAAGGAGAAAAUCUAUGUACUUUAAAGUUACAUGUGAAGUUCAUGUCAUCUCCAAUAUUUGUAUUUGUUGUUCUAGUAUGCCUUUUAUUGAUUGUUUACCGUAGUCAAUUCAAGUUGCCUAUGCUAAGCAAGAGAGGUACUACUCCUAGAGCAUCCUUACAUUUCUACUUUCAUCAAAGACGCAGGCCAAACUAACUUUUACCAUUUUUUGCAAUAUUAUUUCAUUUAUUCUUUCAUUUUGAUAUCUAUAGAUUGUUUAUAAAAACAUUUAGUUUCAAGAAUAGAUUUUUU